AUGGUUAGGACAAAAAAACAUGUACCGAAUCAUAAUCCUUUAAAUACAUUUAAUAAGGAAAAGAACUUAAAUACUAAUAAGACUAUACCUAUUAGAUCACAUAAUCAAACUAGUGCAAAAUCUAAUAAUAUAAAUAGUGGAAAUUUAAAUGGGAUAUCUCAAAAUGCUAUAAACAAAGCACGUAUUAGGAGACCUCAUAGAUAUAGGCCAGGUGUUUUAGCUUUAAAGGAAAUUAGAGCAUAUCAAGCAUCAACACAGUUAUUGAUACCAAAAAUACCUUUUGUUAGAGUUGUAAAAGAAAUUACUCGCUUAUUUGAAUUACCUGAUGAACAAUUUCGGUAUACUCCUGAAGCUUUACUGGCUCUUCAGACAGCUGCAGAAGCAUAUUUAGUUAGUUUAUUUGAAGAUGCCUAUUUAUGUUCUCUUCAUGCAAACAGAGUUACAUUAAUGCCAAAAGACAUUCAUUUAGCUAGAAGAAUACGAGGAAGAGAUUAA